AUGGUGACCUUCACCAUCCCCUCCAGCGGGGACGCAGUCGAUGCCGGCGAACUGACCGUCAAUUCGACGCCUGAAAAUCUCUCACGCGAGCAGCUGCUGGCUUUCCCCGCGUUCAAGAUCUGGCUCUCGACGCUGCAGCGCUCGUUGGCCCGGCAGAAGAACCCCUCGCACGAGUUCCACAAGAACCCCUAUGUACUGCGCGGGAUCGAGAUUCAGGCCGUCGAUUUCUUUCGUGGUGGAAGACUCGGGUUCGUCAAGUUGAGGGCGGACGUGUCGAAUCAGGAUGGGGAGAGUCUGCCGGGGAGUGUGUUCCUUCGAGGGGGGAGUGUUGGGAUAUUGCUCAUCCUCCAACCAGACGAUACACCUCCAUCCUCAGACGAAGGCAAACACGUCAUCUUGACCGUCCAACCGCGCAUCCCAGCCGGUUCGCUCGCCUUCCCAGAAAUCCCCGCAGGGAUGCUCGACGACAGCGGGACAUUCGCGGGCAGCGCGGCGAAAGAAAUCCAAGAGGAGACGGGACUCUCAAUCGCGCAAGACGAGCUCAUCGACAUGACCUCUCUAGCUCUGACGUCACUUCAGAGCGACCAACCCAAAACCAAAACCCAAACGCAGCAAGAUGACAACAACGACGACGAAGAAACCCUCCAAAAAGCAGUCUACCCCUCCCCCGGCGGCAGCGACGAGUUCAUCCCGCUCUUCCUGUGCCAGAAACGCAUGCCUCGGAGCGCCAUCGACGAGCUGCAGGGCCGGCUGACGGGUCUGCGCCACGAAGGCGAGAAAAUCACGCUCAAGGUGGUCCCGCUGGAGAAUGUCUGGAAGGAAGGCUCAGAAGAAAUAGAGAAGUAA